AUCGGAGAGAUUUUAACCGUCAGGCGCCUCCACAGCCAACACGGAGCAACACAGACAGCGUGUGUGUGAGUCAAUUUAUUCUUAAAAAACAGAUAAAAAGGAUCAGAACAUCAUGGACUUUGACUCCAUGAAGUAUGCAGAGUUAAGGAGCAUCGCGAAGGAGCUCGGGCUGAAGGCCAACGUGAAGGCUGAUAAACUCCUGAAAGCCAUCAAACAGCAUUAUGAACAGGAGCAGAACAAAGAGGAACAGGAAGAUGUUACUGAAGUCCCAGAAGAAGAACCUGUGACCCAGGACAGUGAAGAAGAUUCUGGUCCUGCUGUGUUUGUGAAUACACGCCGAGGCAAAGGGAACGGUACCAAGAGGAAGAUCUCUGAUACUGCUGCAGGGACAGAUGUGGAGGUAGCACCAAGUGCUGCAGAGGAUGACACGAAGGAGGCUGAGGUGUAUGAACCCUGUGAGGCCAAAGGUGCAAAGAAGAGGAAAGUGUCCUCUACCAAGGACUCUGACCAAACUGAAGCUGAGCCUCUACAGGAGCAGCAGACCGCUGACAGUGAGGAGCAGCAGACCACCGUCAGUGAGGAGCAGCAGACCGCUGACAGUGAGGAGCAGCCUGAGACCAAGGAUGAAGCUCCUGUGGUCUUUAACGCAGAGAAAGCUCCUAAAGUGGCCAAAGCAGGAAGAAUCCCUCGCUACCAAGGAACCCAGCAGAAGAACAAGCAGCUGUUGAAGCCCGUCACCCCCAACUUUAAGAAACUCCAUGAGGCUCAUUUCAACCGGAUGGAGUCGAUCGAUUCUUACGUCCAACGUAAGACCAAGCAGAUGGAGACGUACAAGAACUCUGUCAAAGAGCUGAAGAAGCUGGUGGACAAAACUAAACUUCAGCAAGCCGAGAGCAAACCUCAAGUGAGGGUGAAUACGAGUCGUGUCUCCAUGCUCAGCCCGGCUCCUGUGAGCACAAAGGCAGCUGAGGACAGACGCAGACACACGAUGCUCUCAGCAAGCAAACCUCCAACAAACAAAUCUGCAGUGAAGGACGUCGCUCAGUUCAGACCCUCCGUCCUCUCCACACGCAGGAUCAACGUUCGGUUCUCAGAAGCCACUCACGACAACGAGUACAAGAGAUCUCUGGUGAAGACUCCGGCUCGCAUGUCUCCCUGCGUGACCUCAAGCACGCCACUAAAACCAGCAGCUGAGGCAGGAAAGCCCAGCGUGAAGCCUUCAGCUCUCUCUGCCUCUAAAACUCCAGCAACGUUCGUCUUCACCGGCAACACGAGCACGUCCACGACUCCUGGAACACAGAAGAAGACCACCUUCGAUCUGAAGGCGAGUCUGUCUCGUCCCCUCGGUUACAAACCUCACACAGGUAAACUGAAGCCGUUUGGAGACGCCAAAGAAAACGCAGCAGCAGACAAGUCGCUGAUCUCAACCUCGCAUCAGAAGAACUACAAACAGCACCAAGUCCAGACCAGGGGCGACAGGAGAGCGAAACAAGCAGAGGAUCGUAAACAGAAGAAAGCGGGCGUGCUCGGAGCGAGAAGAGGCCUCGUCAUGAUGUAAAGAGACCCGGUCUGUGUCCACGUUUGUACAGCCUCGUGUUCACCUGUAAAUAUUUCCUGUCGCAGAACUUAACGUAGACUUCUUCUUCUUCUCUCAGACAUUUAGUGCAGCUUUUUUUUAAGAUAUAACUCAUGCAUUUGUUCAAACUUUUACUGCUCUGUAUUUUAAUGUCAAGUUUUGCUCCAUUUGAAAAUGUUGGUUUGUUCUAAAAAUGAUGUUUUUACUUUUUUUGGGAGAUUGAUAAAAAAGACUGAUGCUAAAUACUUCCCCGUCUGCAUUCUCUGUUUUUAAGUGGCUGUUUUCUGUAACAGUGAAGUGCACGAGACAUUGGAAAUAAAGAUGGAUGUGAUGCUUUAU